UCUCAGGUGAUGCGGUCUACGGUGUACGUCCUGCUAAGCUGUCUGGUUGAUGCUUAAAACAUGACACUAAGCAGAAAAAACAAGUCUAUUUAAUAUUUUGUGUCGUGAGGGUUUUUUGUUUACAUUUGAGAGAAAUGGAUCCGUCCAGGAGGAGUGACGGUGAAUGGCAGGGGAUGGUCAACGAGUUCCUCAUUUGUAAGCGCAAGUUGGAGAGCAAGAAGGAAGCUCUCCUGAUCCUGUCCAAGGAGCUGGACACGUGCCAGCAGGAGAGGGAUCAGUUCAAGUUGAUGGCCAACCAGCUUCGAGAACGCCACCAAGGACUCAAGAAGAAGUACAGAGAACUCAUUGAUGGAGAUGUGUCUCUACCGCCUGAAAAACGCAACCAAGUGAAUUUUACUCAACUCCUGAGGGACUCCAGAGAAAAAAGCGAUGGUCUUUGUGAGGAGGUGAAGGAGUUGAAACAACGCCUGGCAGAAGCACAAGGAGACAACAAGCUGUUAAGAAUGACCAUCACCAAGCAACGGCUGGGAGACGACGAGGUGGGAGCUCGCCAUUUUCCAGCACAUGAGCGCGAGGACCUAGUCAAACAGCUGGAGAGAGCCAGAGAGGAGAAUGAGGUGCUGGAGCACAGUGUGAAAUCUCUCAGUGACGAGCUUCAGGACGUGCGGGCGGAGCGUGACGUGUUCCAGCAGAAAGCGCAUCGCCUCAAUGUGGAGAUGAACCACAUUGUUGGGAACGGCGCAGUGCGGAUUAUGGACAUUGAUGCACUCUGCAUGGAGAACAGAUAUUUGCACGAUCGGCUUUGUCAACUUCAGGAAGAGGUCACCUUGCUCAAGACUAAUCUGGGCAAGUACAAGAGUGCAUUGGAAUGCAGAAAGAACGCCAAAGCGUGUGGGAAGCCCAACAGUAGCGCACUCACUGGAGUGCUCUCAGCCAAACAAGUGAAGGAGCUGCUGUCUGAGGAAAGCGGAUGCACGUUGCCAGUCACUUCCCAGUCUAUCUCGGACCUCAAGUCUCUGGCCACUGCUCUCCUGGAAACCAUCCACGAGAAGAACAUACUGAUUCAGCACCAGCGGCAAAUAAACAAGGUUCUUGGAAGUCGAGUUGCAGAACUGGAGAAGAAGCUUAAAACUCUAGAAACGUCUGGAGUAUGGAGCCUGCCAGGCCUCACUUACCACGUGUCUGUGGGCAUUUGUGGAAAGCGGAAAGACCAGCAAGCAACUGAGACAACAGGAGAGUCGGAAAUUGAGGCCCAGCAGAAUUCAUCAGGAGUUUCAACACAAGAGAGCAGAAUGCCAGCAGAACCCCCUGAGACACCACCACUACCACCAGAGGAGGAGCCAGUCAGCCAUCAGACCAGCAAGGAUGAGCUUCCUGAAGGUGACAUGAACAUGCUGCUCCUGCCAAAGCCUUCAGAGCAACCCUCAGUGACAUGUGAGGUCACCAAAGAAAGAGGAGUAGGAGGAGAGAAAGACGAAGAGGGAGUUGAAAGUGUUGAAACAGAAUGUACCAUUGUAGAUGAAUGUGUCGCCAAGGAGCAGGACACGCGACAAGAGCAGGAGUUUGCUGAAGGGACAGACAGUACGGCACCUUCUGUUUGACACUGGCAAACUACAGUGUGGUAAAAACAAGACAAUUACCACUAUACAUUCCAGGAUUCUUCUAGAACAGGGGUCACCAACCCGUCGAUCACAAGUCACGAGUCGAUCAGUGGGACUUUGACAGUCGAUCGCGAGAAUAUUAGGAAAAAAAAUGUAUUACGAGAUCAGUGCCCUCCUCUUCCGGAGUGUGGCCAACAGGCACACAUUUUGACCACUGAACACGCCCGUCUGCCUCGCCACCCUUGCGGCACGCAACCCGCAAGCUCCAGCCAGGAGCCCAGUCCCCAGAACCCAGCUGGCGGUACCAGCGCACACACACCAGCUCGCCUCGCAAGCAACAAGCAGGACAAGCGUGCAGAGGUUGACAGAAAGAGAGAGAAGGAGUGACAGUGCAGCUUAUGCACACAACAGUAGUUAUUAUAUUACACGUUAAUAGGGCUCAAAAUCUGCCUUUGCUACCUCAAAAUUAAGGCACAAAUACACUCCUGAUCAAAAUCUUAAGACCAGUUGAAAAAUUGUUAGAAUUUGCAUGUUGCACAUUUGGUUCUUAAUGAGGUUUUAAGUAGAGCUACAAUAUGCAAAAACAAGAAGGGGGAGUGACACAAAAAGCAUUUUGAAAAAGUAAUUUAUUGAAAACAACAAUUAAACUGAAAUAGGCUGUUUAUCAGGUGAUCAAAAGUUUAAGACCACUAUAAAAGCCCAAAUCUGCUCAAAAUGUUCAUUUUCUGUCAGGCAUUGACACUGUCAUGCCCUCCUGAUGGCUAAAGCUAAGAAGCUUUCUCUUUUUCAACGUGGUCGGAUUGUGGAGCUGCAUAAGCAAGGCCUCUCGCAGCGUGCCAUUGCUGUUGAGGUUGGGAGCAGUAAAUCAGUCGUUCUACAUUUUUUUAAAGAUCCUGAGCAUUAUGGAAGAAAAAAGUCACGUGGUAGACCCAAAAAAAUCACACCUGAGCUGGGGUGCUUUUUCAUUCAGUGGAACACUGGAGCUUCAUGUGGUGCAGGGUCAGGUCAAACGGAUGCAGAUGUUGCAGCGGGCAUCCCUCAUGACUGAGGGCCCUCGUCUGUGUGGUAACAGCUGGGUUUUUCAACAGGACAACACUGCAGCUCACAAUGCUCGCUUGACCAAGGACUUCUUCAGGGAGAAUAACAUCACUCUUUUGGACCAUCCUGCAUGUUCCCCUCAUUUAAAUCCCACAGAGAACAUUUGGGGAUGGAUGGCAAGGGAAGUUUAUAAAAAUGGCCAUCAGUUCCAGACAGUUGAUGCCCUUUGUGAAGCCAUCUUCACCAUUUGGAUCAAUGUUCCCACUAGCCUCCUGGAAACACUUGCAUCAAGCAUGCCCAAACCAAUUUUGAAGUGAUUAACAAGAGCGGUGGAGCUACUCAUUACUGAGUCCUACUGGGAACAUUUUUUGUUAUGGUUUGGAGAGUUUUUUGUUAUUUGUUGAGCGAUGGUCUUAAACUUUUGAUCAGCUGAUAAACAGCCUAUUUCAGUUUAAUUGUUGUUUUCAAUAAAUUACUUCUUCAAAAUGCUUUUUGUCUCACUCCCCCUUUUUGUUUUUGCAUAUUGUAUCUCUUCUUAAAACCUCAUUAAGAACCAAAUGUGCAAAAUGCAAAUUCAAAAUGACAUUUUUCAACUGGUCUUAAGAUUUUGAUCAGGAGUGUAUAUAAUCAUUUAAAUAUAUAUUAUAUUUUUUUUAUAUCUAUAUGUGCCAGGAUCCUGGGGGUUUUUUUGGGGGGGAGGGGUAGAUCUUGUACAGGUUCAUGUCUGAGACCAGGGAUCUUGGGCUCUAAAAGGUUGGUGAACACUGUUGUAGAAACUAGAACAUAUAAUUUGUUAUGGCAACGGCAGUAAGGGACAGGACACUCCAACAAUACAACUCACUACAAAGCAUGGACACAGAAGCUGGAACAUUAAAAUGAUGUUACGUAGCAAAUAGGGACAGGCAUAAAAAUAAUCCAUUAAUCACAUCUUGAGGCAAAAUGGGGCACGCUAUGUUGCUGCAACCAGCAAAGGCGCUGUUAUUACAGUAGUCUGUGGUUUUAAGAUUAAAAAAAAAAAAAAUUCAUUUUGUCCUAAAAUAUUUUUCUAAGAAUGGGUCUUGAAAAAGGUGGGCCGCCUUAUAUUGAAGGUCAUUUCAUAGACGGGUCAAUAUGGUGUAUCAGUAACAUACAGUAUGUGUAAAAAUGAUAUACAUUAGUAAAUAUAUACAAUUGUUACAACAAAAACAAUGAGUCGAUUAAUCAAGGAAAUUUAGUUGAAUGCCCAUCUAAUAAGCUCCAUGAUGAUAACAGACAGUCUUCUGGUAAAAGCAUUAACAACAACAGUAGAGCAAGUUCUAAAUAUUCACAUAACUUGUGUACAUGCCAUUUUACAAGGUAGUCGGUGCAAGGAUUUUAAAAAAAUAUACAUUUGUUGAUUAUUGCCUGUUUUAUUUAUGGGAUGAUCCUUUAAAUUAAACCCACCACUCAAAAAAAAAGAAAAAAGAGACAUGUUCUUUAAAUAUAUAAAAUUUAAAUCCAAACCCAUGAAAAAAGUACCAUUUAAAACCAAACUCAAAUGGUGCAGUUGUACAAUUUAUUCCAAACAUUUUCAAUUGAAAUGCUUUAACUACACUGUUUUGUGUAGUUAAUUUAUAGAAAACUGUUAUGAUGCCACUUGUUGUGGUGAAAGUGUUAACUCACCAAAGUCUAGUGCUACUGUAUGUGUGUACUGUAUGUAAAUACAUACAUUUCUGCAUAAUAAAGUCCAGGGUGGUUCAUAAGUUUCCAUGCAUGGGAAAAAUAAUCAUUCGCAUUGAACAACCGUUUUUAUUUCUAUACUGUACUGUGCUCUAUAUGAUUAACGUUGUUUUGAAAACUCAUGUGUUUUCCACUGUUGAUGAACUUGCAUUAGCACAGUUGAAGUUAUGCUUAGUGUAUAAUAGCAUUGGCGAUACACCAUGGCCUUCAAGUGCCCCCAUAGAUAGAAAUCAAGAGGUGAGAGAUCUGGGGAUCUGAUUUAAAACAUAAAAAAUAUACAUUUUCCAAUGUAUGGAAACUUAUGGCCCACACUGUAGUUUUCAUACUGGUUUGCUGAGUCGAAAAAGCAGAAAAAACCAAGAUCCAUGUCCUGAAGUUAAAGGGAUAGUUUGGAUUUUUUGACAUGACGUAUGAUAUCCUCAUCAGCAGUAUAGUCCAUUAACAGUGACUUAACCCCCACUUGGUCCCUUGAGCCCAGUUCUGGUCAGAUUUCCGUGAAGAGAAACGUAGUUCCGGUGAGUUGCUGGGGAUGUCAUACAACUUCAUGUCAAAAAAUCCGAACUAUACAUUUAAAUGCUUUAAAUUAGCUAGUGUUAGAACAUCUGCAGUAAUGUGGGAUUAAAUUCUCUGCACAUGCCUAUUGAUCUGCUGAUAGUACAUAUUCCAGAGAUUGGGAGAGGAAAUGCCAAUAACGCAGCAGCCCAGCCUGCGACCUGCGUUUCCAUGCAGCAGACUGCCAGCAUCUCCCCCUUGUCCAAAGUCAUCCCUCCUCUCAUGGACCACCACUGAUCUUCCAAGGACAGACAAACCCCCAAACAGCGUGGCCUCAGACUCGAACAUUGCAUAGAUUUUACCUUGCUGAGGAACAAAGUGUCCAAAGUCUCCCGGGUGGUUAGGGUGAUCAACACUUCGAGGGUUGUAGUGUCCCCCGGUGGAGCCGCACCCCUGCUGCAGAUCUCCAUACUGGUGGAUGUGCACUGCCCUUGGCUCGUUCCCCCCGGGGAAGCCGUGAAAGCGCAGGAGGACUUUGAGCUUUCCGUGAGGAUAAUCCUGCUUGAACAGGACUUGGCCGUAGACUUUGGGUAAACCCUCAGCCAGCGAGGAGCUUGGUCUCAUCUUACAUGCUGCAUACAAGGUGCCGUUGUUCUGUAGGACCUCUGCUGGAGCCAAUGUGUCGCUGUCAGCUGAGACACACUGGUAGACAACCAGAACAAGCAGCACUGCUAUAUGCUUUGGCCUGGAAGACAUCAAAACACAGUUAACUAUAUACUGUAUAGUCCAUCCAUUUUCUAUGCUGCUUAUCCUCACUAGGGCCGCAGGUAUGCUGGAGCCUAUCCCAUCUGAUUUUGAGCAAGUACACCCUGGACUGGUUGCCAGCCAAUCGCAGGGUACUGUAUAGUCAAACCUUCAAAAUAAAAAACUACCCAUUUUGUGACACUGGAUGACUUCCAAGUUGUUAAAAUUUCAGAACAAUGUUUCCCGUGGCAAAUAAUGUAAGUGAAUUUAUUUAUUGAGGGUUGCCAGUAAACCUAACAUGCAUGUUUUUAGAAUGUGGGAGGAAGAGGGAGCAGAUGUUUGCAGAGUGAUACUGCUAGCUAGUGGCGUUUUAUAGGUAUUGCAGAACAUUGUAAGAACAGGUGUUCCGUGGUUAUGUAAUGAUAUCCAAAGUGAUAGUCAACAUUACUGGUACCGAAGAACAAUGGUGGCUGCUAGUCAUUUGCCGUUAUGCUACCUGCUAUGUGCUUUUUAUCUUAGAAGCUGAUAUUUAAGCAAUUGUAUUGCUCAUAUUGUAC